ACCUAGGGUCACGUGGUAUUGUCACUGAGGCGGAAAUGAAAGUUCGUUAGCGACAGAGCACGGAGCACAGCUGAAAAAGAGCUGUGAUGUCAUGGCAGCAGCCAGUGUGAGCAGACCUGCUGGGGCCCAGGCCACUGAAAAGUCUCAGCUGAUCCUGAAAGUGGUUUCAGCGAAGCCCCAGUCUCCCAAGCUGCCAAACCGCCACUCUCGGCUCAGCUCCUUCGUCGAGGUGACUGCUGACGGUCUGACCAGUGAAACCAAAAAAACAGGCAAACGCAGUGGACAUCUAGAGCUGCAAUGGAAUGAGGACCUCACCCUCAAUGUGACGCCUCAGAGUCGUCUGGAUCUGAAGCUGUGGAGCUGCCACACCCUGAGGAAGGAGCUACUGGGCAGCGCCACCAUAGACCUACUGGACACACUGCGCACACACGAUGGCAAGAUGGAGAACGUCCAGCUGAGUCUGGUGCUGCAGACGGAGAACAAAGGCUUGGUUGUAGCGGGAGGCGAGCUCAACGUCUGUCUGGACGGCAUGGUUGUUGAUCUGGGCUCUCUGCCCAAUGGCAGCACGGCAGCAGACAGUGAGUCCCGCCUUUACCACACACACACAUACAUACAUACACAGAGGUGAGUGCAAUAACACAGAAACGUACAGAGAAACACUCACAGCAGAUAUCCCUGCUGUAGUGUUAAAAAAAAAGACACACAAAUUCCACAGUUCUGAUUUUCAUGUUUGUUUGUUUUUUUUUUACCACUUAGUUCU